AUGUACUAUUUCCUCUGCAUGCUGGCCGUCACCGACCUGGUCCUGUCGACGUCCGUCCUGCCCAAAAUGCUGAGCAUCUUCUGGGCCAAUUCUCGGGAGAUUGGUUUUAGUGCUUGUCUCACCCAGAUGUUCUUCCUUCACUGCUUCACUGUGGUGGAGUCUGGGAUCUUCAUGGCCAUGGCGUUGGAUCGCUACGUGGCCAUCUGCCUUCCCCUGAGAUAUUCCCUCACUCUGACUAAGCGCAUGGUGACCAAGAUCGGCCUGGCUGCGGUGCUGCGUGGUGCCAUGCUCAUACUACCGUUUCCACUCCUGGCAAAGCGCUGGCCAUAUUGCAGAACUAACCUCAUCGCCCACUCGUACUGUAGGCACAUCGCCGUGGUGAAGCUGGCCUGUGCUGACAUCCGCAUCAGUAGUUACUACAGCCUCUUUGUGAUAUUUUUUGUGACAGGUCUGGACCUGUGCUUUAUUGCAGUGUCCUAUAGCAAGAUCCUCCAAGCCCUCUUCAGCCUCCACACAAAGGACACCUGGCUCAAGACCUUUGGGACCUGCAGCUCCCACCUCUGUGCCCUCUUAGCCUUUUAUAUCCCAGACGUCUUAUCCUCCGUCGUGCACCGGGUGUUUCACAACAUUCCCCAGCAUGUCCUCGUUCUCAUUGCAAACAUACACAUUCUGAUUCCCCCUGUGGUGCACCCCUUCAUCUAUGGGGUGAAGACCAAGCAAAUCCGGGACAGGUUGCUCAGGCUGUUUACUCAUAAAAGGACCUAA